AUGUCUCAACCACCAGCGGAACAGAAAAAAGACGAAGAAAUCCCAGUGCCCAAAAACGAUGACUUUUUCGAAUCGAAAACUUUCCGCAUCAUAUCCGUAUUCCUGUACAUGGGUGGCAUUAGCGGCCUGGGCAUGACCCUAGCCAUGUAUUAUCUAUUCAUUUGGGAUUCGAGUAUGCCACCGCUACCGGAUAUCAAACAUCUGCAUCACAAUGGAUAA